UCAUGGCUCAACCCAACCAGCAGGUCGAGCGCGAGUGUGCAGGCUGUGGAAAGAUGCGCGGCCUGUAUCAGUUCUCGGCUAGUCAACGCCGCAAGGGUGACGACGCCGUCUGCAUCAAGUGCAUUCCCGAGAUCCAGAACGUCAAGCCUGGUCAUCUCAAGCACGAUAUUGACAACAGUGACGCCAAGUACAUGGCUUAUGUCUACAGCNACGUCAGCGAGAAUGGUAACAGCACUCAUGGCUCAUUCGGUACCAAGAAUGGUGGUGUUCGCCUUCCCGCUUCCCACACUUCAGCCAGAACCGCUACCUCUACCGUCGCUGGCACUGGCACUAGCACCGUCACCCACACCCACGGCUACAACACAACCUCUUCUGCUCCUUCCUCCCAGCUCUCUUCGAGCACCAACGGCAACGAGCGCCCCGCUCACUUCGAGCUUCGCAACACCGGCUGGAUCUUCANGGCGU